AGAGAGAGAGAGAGAGAGAGAGAUAGUAUACAAGACGAAGAAUAAAAACAGGAAACGAGAGAAAAUGCUCCAAACAGGUUAUGAAGGUCAGUACGGGGUCGGAAUGACGGCAACGGGAGCAACGGUGGUCAUAAGUCAGUAUCUAAACACUAACCGACCGAUAAUUAAGCAGAUUUGGGUGUACAAGGGAGGCAAAGAAGGUAAAGAUCCAGCCGAUCAACGGAGACCCUGGACCAUGGAUUUAACAGCCAGCGAAUCUCUCGCCCUGAGUUUUCGGCUUUGGACUCUGGAGGGGAACGCAAAGAAGGAAUUAGCAACGAAAGCAAUCAUUUCCAGGCGGAGAAAGGCCCAGACGAUCGACCAUGGGACUGGCCACUCUGGGUCCUUUGGAGAAAAAAAUGGAGAUCGAGCUUCAUCGUCAUCAAAUGAGAUUACGUCUCCUUGUCAGGGCAGCGCCUGCCUCAUGGAGCCUUGAUCCAGCAACAGUUUUUUUCACAGGGGUUGAUCGGCUGUGGAUCCCAAAUAGGAGAAUUUCGUUGGCUUGGGACUUGUGGUCAGUGGCGUUGAAGCCCUCCAUACUUACAGCGCUUGUGAUAUCGAUCCUACUGCGCAAUUGGCAAUGCUGUUCCAUCCCCGAUCAUGCAACUUUGACCGGAUAUCGAGGCAAAACAUCUGUUAGGGGGGUUGCAGUUGCAAUUGGCAUUGAGACACCACCGUUCAAUCCCAUCCACGCAAAAGGAAGUGUCGCAAACGGAGACGCGCGGGAAACAUGCCUUUGGAGACGAUCCCCUGGGAAAAGGUAUGCGGCGGGUGGGGGGCCCACGGGAUGAUGACGACGGCUGCAGGCCAAUCGCUUGGCAUCAUUUCCUUUUCAUCCGUUUUGGUUCAUUCAUACUAUACCGAUGGGUCUUUUGACU